GGUGCCGGCUCCGAGCGGCCGGCCGAGGGCGCGCACGCGGUCUCCACCGGGCGCGAGCCUGGGGGCGGGGGCGGGGUGGCGGGAGCGCGCGUCGCGGGCGGCCGGGCGUGCCUGUGCCCUGGUGUCCUUGCUCCCCGGUGGCGAGCCGCGGGGCUGCUCGAGCCUCCCGAGGCGCCUCGUAUGCAGGAGCCGGACGCCGGCGAAGGGGCCACGAUGAGCGCCGUGACGCAGAACCUGCUGGAGGUCAUCAAGGCCCUGAAGGGGGCCCGCGGCUUUGACCGCGUGUUGGAAAAGGUGACUCUUGUCUCUGCUGCUCCUGGGAAGGUGGUUUGUGAACUGAAGGUAGAAGAGGAGCAUACCAACAAAAUGGGCACUCUCCAUGGUGGCCUGACAGCCACCUUAGUGGACAACAUAUCAACUCUGGCUCUGCUCUGCACAGACCGGGGAUUGCCUGGAGUGAGUGUGGACAUGAACAUAACGUACAUGUCUCCUGCUAAGAUUGGGGAAGACGUCGUGAUUACGGCACAUAUUCUGAAGCAAGGACGAACACUUGCAUUUGCCUCUGUGGAUCUCACCAACAAGGCCAACGGGAAACUGAUCGCACAAGGAAGACACACAAAGCACCUGGGAAACUGAGACAAACACCCCCAGCACCCAGUGGCCUUCAGAAACCCACUGGUGAGUGCCAGAGUGUGCACUUGACUCGAACAGAUGUCAUUUUUCAGAAUAAAUCAGGAGAACCAGAA